UGAUCAUAACAAAAUAACACGUCUUGAAAAGGGAUUUUUAAGAGAAUGCACUGGUCUUUUUUAUCUUGAUUUUUAUCGAAAUAAAAUCAGAGUGAUUGAAGCUGGUGCAUUCCUAGGCCUAUAUUCGCUGAUGUUCAUAGAUCUCUCCAAAAACGAAAUCCAAGUAAUCCAACCAGGGGCAUUAACCGAUCUUUACGCUUUAAGUUUCUUAGAUCUUGAUUCAAACCAAAUAUCUAAUAUUACAAGAGAAAUGCUCCAAGGCGCACCUUAUUUAAUGUCACUAGUUUUGAAAAAGAACAGAAUCAAGUCCAUACCUGAAGGAGUAUUCGACGCUUAUAAAUAUCUAACGGACCUAUUUCUCGAAGACAAUAGAUUGACUGAAAUUGCUGGUGGAGCUUUCAAAGAAAACAACUUACUGCGAACAUUGCGUCUUCUCAACAACGGUAUAACUCACUUGAGAGAAGAUGUAUUCAGCGAUCUUCAUAGUCUAAAUACCUUGAUAUUAGCCGAGAAUAAAAUUGAAGCGAUUGCUCCUGGAUUAUUUAAGGGAUUGUCUCGACUGAUACGCUUGCAUUUAGACAAUAAUCUUCUUACACAUUUAGAGGAAAGAACUUUUAUACAUGUAACACAAAUCCAAACUUUGACACUCCACCAGAAUCGCCUUGUGAACAUACCAACAGCCAUUUUUACCAACCUCACAAAUCUCAUAUACUUGUCAUUCCAUGGAAACCAGUUAACAGAUAUUCCAAACAUAAAAAACAAACCAUUUAUACAACAAGUGUUUCUUAACAAUAACAGGAUUAAAUCUGUACCUAAUAUGCAGUUCAGAACAAACACAGAACUGGUCAACAUAUUUUUAGAUACCAAUAUGGUGGAACGUUUAUACAACAAUUCAUUCCAUGGAGCAUUAAACCUAAAAACCAUAACUCUUGCUGGAAACCCUCUUAAAGUUAUUGAGGAAGGAGCUUUCCUGUCACUGCCCAAUCUCACGAUAGUGAGUUUGAUCAACUCGUUUAUUACUAUGCCUCUCGUUAUUUGGCCCAUACUGUCCACUAAUAUAUCAUUUGUCAUUUCUCAGAGUGAUACGAAUGCAAGUAGUCUUGAUCUGGCUAUCAAAGUAAAGAACACUGAGGAAAGAUUUCUAGUUGCUGCUCUUGGAUAUUUCUGCCCAGAUGGGGAGCUCUUGGGUAUUUGCUAUCCAUGCGAGAGAGGACACUACAAACCUAUUGAUGUACGGCCAAUAUGUAAAGCAUGUCCACCAGGUGGAUUCUAUCAAGAUGAAAUAGGCUACAUAGGGGAUGGAAAAGAUACGUAUGGAGUCGCAUGUAAGCAGUGUCCUCAUGGUACCUUUGUGAAACCACAAAUGGCACCUGGAAAAUCAAGAACAGACUGUCGCUCGUGUCCACAAGGAACUUAUCUAAAAACAUUUGCUAAAUUCCGGGCGUGUAGCUGCAUGGAUGAACAUUACCGCCUUGAUCGAUAUGGACGUUGCUUCACUUGCACCAAGGGCUAUGUCUGUAAAAACGAAAGUAUUGACCUGGCAGCUGGUUUUUAUUGGAUCUGGGAAAGAAAAUUGCUACAGGACUAUGAACAUUUCAAAAAAGACUUACUUAUUUCUAAUGGAAGUCACAAACAACCUGCCUUUAAUGGCUUUAUUUCAAUAGCCUAUGCCUGUCCGAUUGCUGAAGCUUGUCUCGGGGGAGAACUAUCGAGUUGUAAACAAGGUUACACAGGACCUUUGUGCUCAGUUUGUGGUAAGGGGUACAUACAAAUGAUGACAAAUUGCCACAUAUGCCCUACCCUUCCCUGGAUCAUUGCUCAGAUGGUUCUAGUUGCUGUUUCAGUAAUCAUUCUUGUUAUUAUCAUCCUAUUGGAGAAAAAGAAAGAAGCAGGUAAUUCAUCGCGAUCCUUGACUGACAUUCUUCUUGCACGGCUCAAAAUUGUGAUCGGAUUUUACCAGGUUUCUUCGGCUACUUUUGACUCUUUUUCGUACAUCAGUUGGCCAGGCCCUAUUCUCACGAUCAUGAAAUAUGCUAAAAUGAUACAAUUCAAUCUACUGCAAAUAGCACCUCUGAGCUGCAUCGACGAUACCAUCAAAACCGACGCAUAUACCAGGUUCUUGAGUAGCAUGGUCAUCACUGGCGUUGUCAUUAGUUUCGGGGUUUUAUUUAAUUUCAUCGUAAAGUUUUAUGCUAGAAACAAAAGAGAGGAAUCUACUAAUGCUGUGGAGGAACGCCAGAUCAAGUGCAAUCAAUACAAACAAAAAUGCUAUCGCUUUUUGUUCUUGAUUCUGUUCAUUACUUUUCCAUCCACCUUCACUCACGUUGUCCAAAUGCUUCCUGUUACAUGCCACAAGAUCUGCUCGUAUGGAGGUCACAACUGUAUGUCCUACUUGAAAGCAGAUUACAGUAUUCAGUGUAACACAGCUAAACACAAUGUAUACGGUACUGUAAGCACAGCAGCCUUGCUGUAUUGUAUUGGCUUUCCAUUGGUGCUUUAUUUGAUCCUGAGGAAUGGAAGAAAAAUGGAACGUCGCCAUGGAGCAUCAUCUGUGCGCAGCAAUGCCAUUUUGAAUGGCAUUCGAUUCCUUUAUGAAAAUUAUUCAUCAAGCUGUUGGUUUUGGGAAAUCGUAGAACUCCUUCGCAAGAUUGCUUUUACUUCCAUCCUGGUCCUGAUGGCCACUGAAAGUCGGUUGAGUUUGGGCCUUACUUCAAUCUUUUCUGGUCUGUACUCUGUGAUGUUUGCCCUUUACAAGCCAAUUGAUGACACCUUUGAGCACUGGCUACAACUGGCUUCCUUGAUGGCAAGUUCUGUAAAUUUCUCAACUGGCAUGCUGAUGAAAAUCCCACUGGAUGAAACUUCGUCUGGUGUGAACGAAAUUGACGGAAUUGCAAUAACAGUUUUGCUUAUGAUUGCCAACAUUGCUGUCAUUGCAAUAGUUACAGUGAAAUAUGUAGCGAGUAUAGUGACUACGCUGAUGAGCCUGAAGGAAGAACCCAAGUGCAAUGUAUCUUGUUGUCUUGAAGUACUACAGAUUGCAAUCGAUGCUCAAGGAGAGUUCACUGAUGCUUGUAAUGAGCCAGCCAUCGAUGGAAAUCUCGUAUUUGAGGACGCAGUUGAAGAAGUGACGGCAUAUGCUGAAAAACAAGAACAAGAAGAGGAACAACAACAACAACAACAAGAGGAACAAGAAAUGGCAGAAGGAAAAGAGAAAAGAAUGAAUGAAGCAACAACAAGAAGGGAAGAAGGAAUAGAAGAGAAAGGAGAAGAAAUAGGAAAUAAARAUAGAGGAGGAAGGGAAAUGAAAGAACAAAAAUAAACCUAACGUGAUAAGAAAUGGCAAUUAUUCAAAGUAAAAAGAGGCUAUUUCAUUCUCAAUAAAGGCAAACGAACUAGUAAUACUCAUCAAGAAUAUUGUAACAUUGUAUUUAGAAUAGUUAGUUAUACAACAGAAGAAUAAUAAUGUAAUCAUCAAAUUAUCUCACAAAGCCUGUAUAUUAGCGUGCGCGCAGCACAACUUUAACUCUGAUCAGUAAUAUAGUUUCUACAAAUAUAUCAAUCUUUACAUAUAGGAUAUUACACGGUGGCGCGAAAAUAUGAAGUUUAUCUUAGAGUGGUGAAAAAUAUUUCACGAGCGGACGAGUGAAAUAUUUUUCAACACGCGAAGAUAAACUUCAUAUCUUCAAGCCAACGUGUAAUUUUUUAUUUAUUAUAUAGACAAAUCCACAAGUAAAAACUAUUACAACGCGCCUCAAGUGAGCGGGAAAACAUCGCAAGUGACGUUAUCGAUAUCCUCACUAGUGAAGAGAUGGAAAAUAUGUUACUGCAGGUCCCGGAUGUAGUUUGUACGAAAAAUACAAGUGGCGUAUUUCCCAGUACGACACUCAUGUCUAUAUAAUAAAACAUAUUAUACCAUAUAAGAAUAAUAUCGAAAUUACCAGCACAGUCUCCUAAUUUGUCAUAUAAGUUUGUAUAUGUUUGCCAUCUGAGCAAAGAGAGAGAAACCGCAACGCUGGUUUCAUCACUCUCGGUACAGGUGAGGUAUUCCGCCUUGAAUUGCUGCUUUUUAUAAUGUUUAUCACUAUCACACCAUUAGACGUUUUAAAACGCACAACCUGGUUGUGUGACAUCAUCAUCUACGAACAGGAUGGAAUAUGACAACACUAAGUAAUGACGUCGUUAAAAGAUUCCUCUGGACCAAAGCUUAUCAUUAAAACUUGGCGAGAAGAUUUAGUGGUUGUGGAACAGCAUUAUGAAUAUUUCAAUACUGACGCACAACCUAAUUUUCUACGGACAGAAUUGACCAUGAAGUCACAUUAAGACGUAAUUAAAGUCCAAUCACAAUCUUAAAAGGGUUUAGUGGUUGUGACUAAGACCCGGUAUGAACGUUUUAAAGUGCACAACUUUUGCUUAAUAAAUGACGGCUUUCCGAAUAUUUAGUCAUUCUUUCAGAACGAGUAAAAUAUGAUGAUGAUGAUGAUGAAGAUGAUAAUAAUAAUAAUAAUAUCUUUAUUUAUCCUGAUUUAAAAAAACCGAUCAGCUGGACACGAUAGAACAGCUGGUAUGAACCGGUGAUCAGCAAUGUAAAAUCUAUGAAAAUCUAAAUAAAAUCUAUACUAAAAUCUGCGAUUAAGAACCUAAAAGUAUAAAUAUCUAUGGCAUCACUCAUUGACGUCAUUUGAAAUGAUUGUACUGGACUAAUCAGAUUUACGCAUGUACUGUUGUGAUUCCGAGGUUAAACCUAACUGUAUUACAAAACUAUAACUAUAUUAAAAUAAACCUUUACUUGUCA